AUGGUUUGCCUGGCAACCCCUUUGCUGCUCAGCAGCGCUUUCACUGCUGUCUCGGCCUACAUCCAAUAUUCAACUGUGACCGGCUACUUCCUCCAAGAUGACAAUUCGACCAAUGCCACCACCUUUGACUAUACUGCCACCAACUUCGGCCUCAUCAACCAGAGCUACCCAACCGACCCCUCCAACGCCGCCUCGCUGACCCAGUGGCAAAGGUUUGCCCUGGUCAUUGCUAAUCUGACCAAGUCUGCUCCCUCAAAUGUCCAAUUUAAGCUGCUUUUCAUGGGCCGACACGGCGAGGGCUGGCAUAAUGCCGCCGAAUCUUACUACGGUACUCCCGCUUGGAACUGCUACUGGUCCCUUCUCGACGGCAAUGCGACAGCCACAUGGUCCGACGCCCACUUGACCAACAAUGGGAUUGCUCAGGCCCUUGUCGCCAACAAGUUCUGGCUGUCUCGUAUUCAGGAACAGAAGAUCCCGACGCCGCAAAAGUACUACGUCUCGCCCUUGUACCGAUGCCUGUCCACGGCGAACCUCACAUUCUCCGGCCUCCCGUUACCUCCAAACGAACCGUUCAUCCCCACGGUCAAGGCACUACUCAGAGAGUCCAUCUCCGAACACACUUGCGACCGCCGCUCCAACAAGACAUACAUCCACUCUCAGUUUCCCACGUACAAAUUCGAGCCUGGUUUCCCAGAGACCGAUCAACUCUGGACCGGCGUCACCGCCGAGACCAACUCCGCUCAAGACGCAAGAUCAAAGACAUUGCUCGACAACAUCUUCUCAACUGACGACUCUACUUACCUGUCCUUUACCUCGCACUCCGGAGAGAUUGGCUCCAUUCUGAGAGUCCUCGGGCAUAGGACCUUCUCGCUGAAUACUGGCGCCGUGAUUCCUGUGCUGGUGAAGGCCCAGAAAGUUGCCGGACUCAGCACGAUUUCGACGCAGGCUUGGACCCCCAGCCCACACUGCACCGUGCCGCCUGUCACCAGUGUCAGCACGGGCACCAAUGGCGGCUGUGUGUGUCCGAACAGUGCGGCGCCAGUGACGACGACGUUGCCCCCAUUUGCGGUGAGCACUUGA